CCUCUUCUUUCUUCGCUCUUUGCUCAUUCCCUUUUCUUUCUUUCCUUCCUCAUCCUCAGAACCAUCCCUCCUUUCACUCCACUCCAUUUGCAUUCGCAUUCGCAUCUCCCCUUCCUCCCUCCCUCCUUUUUUUUUUUACUUUUUUUCUUUUCUUUUAUACCCCUAACUAAUAGUGCCUGACCUGACCUCAUCAACAUCAUAUCUUAUUCGCACAUUAUGAUGGUCAACAAGCAUACUUCCUUGGGUACCCAGGACAACAAGGACUUCGACCCCAUUGACAGCUACGGUGCCAUCUCUGAUGCGGAGCCAAACAAGGGACAUACACAUCCCUACCCCACCAACAUCAAGCCCUUCGAGGACGCUGCUUCUGAGUCUAAGUUUAGAAAUUCCUGGGAGGAAAACGACAGCGACGAUGAGCCAUAUCUUGCAGACGCUUACACCUAUGGACGCGAUGAUGACGACGAAAGCGAGGACGAGCUUGAGGAGCGUCCCCACCAUGCCAACGCCAUUGUGGAACCACAGCCGAGCACACCCAACCAUCAGCACAAAAUGACGUUUGAUCAGGCGUCAGACGACGAGAACGAAGUCCAAAAACCAUCCAACAGCAAUGUCAUUCGCGUCUCGGCAACCAACGCACGCGCCUCGAUCCUCUCGGCCAGGUCUUAUUCGAGCCACACAAAGCAUCAUUCGUUUGGAUACGACCAGGACCGGCCUGAGCCCUCCGAAUCCGAGUCUGAAUCCAACUCAGAGUCAGAGUCAGAUCGUGAGGAAUCUUAUAUGCCGGCGCUCUCGUCGCCUGCAUCCUCGCAAGUUCCCUCAGGUUCUCGUCCGGCAUCUAGCACCUUCUCUGCCACCAAGACCCUGUCCAAACCUGGCUCGCCAGUCCUGAGUCGCUCCACCUUACCUGUCGAACCUGAGAUCAAGAAGCAUUCAGAGAUUGAUCAAAGUGACAAGCAAGACGAGCGCCCGGUAUCGUCUCCGCCUUCUUGGUCUGCCCUUGACAAGUCUACGCCCCCUCCUCCUGAGCCCUCUUCUACAGCAACCGUACCGUCUACCCCACAGCAUCUUCAGUCAGCCUCAGCAAUAUCCUCGAGCCAGACAAUCGAACGCACCUCGAGUUCUGGAAGCAACACAUCCCGUUCCUCAAGCGGAAUUGGCUCUCCUCCUAUCACUGGUUAUUUCCAAUCCAACCAAACGACGCUUGCGCGAUCAAUCUCGAGCGCUUCUUCAGGCAGAUUAUCCAAUGGUCUUCAUAACCAGCGACCUUUGUCAUAUAGUUCGUUGUCGGAUACGAGCUUAAAUGAUAUCUCGCUAGAUGAGCCCUUUACGCCCAACGCGCUUAAACGAAACAGCGGCACGAUAGCUCCCAGGGUUCCUGUUGCUUCCUCCAAUGCCGGUUUUCCAUCGAGUUUCUUUGGUGGUAAACCACAUCCAAAGUCACAGCAGUACCAUCAACAGCAGCAACCACAGCCCUCUCCUGUCAGUCCUCAACCAGUUGCAGCGGCAGCAUCGACAUCACCUGAACCCCGGACCGGAGGUGUCCUCAAUGGAUCCAUCAGCUCAAUUGCGAGCUCUAUUUCAGGGGCAUUCAUGGGACGUGGUUUUGGAAGCGGCAACAAUAGUUCAGCGACUCUUCCUCCUUCUGCCAUGGCAAAAACACCAAGCAGGACGAGUGCUCGAGGUUCGGGCGCAGGCAUGAUGGUCAAUACAAGCCCCACAGGGAUCGAUCUGCGGCCAUCUAAUAACGUGAGCCCAGAGCGCGCUUCAUUGUAUUCAACUAUGACGACGGAUUCGAACAUGGAUCUGUUGUUGUCACGGUUGGACGCCCAAAACUCGAUGUUGGAAGUUGAUACCAAAAGACGGGUGACGAAUGAUUCAGAGAUGGACCGCGCCAUUGGACAUGCUAAAGAAGAGUCCGUCGGCGAGGAUGUCGACUGGGGUAAGCAGGAUACAACUGCGUGGAAAUUACCGAGUCAUCUGGCGGAAUUCAUCAUUGCUUACUAAGAACACUCGGCUCUAUUUACUUGUAGACUAUUGGGGUGCAUUGAUGCA